AAAGACAGAAUAACACUUGUCAACUUGUGUCGCUGAAUGGAAAGCACGCUUUAUUAAAAAUGCGAUCCUCAAUCAAUGAAUCUCCACCCAAAGAAAAAAAUUAAAUCGUACAAUUAUACGCAACAAUCAGAAUGAUUAAUUUACUGAAUUUGAGACAUUUAAUAAACCACUGCAAUUGACAAUUAUGUUCUUUAUUCUGUAGUUGUCUCUACGCUCCAAUCAGCUCCAAUUACACGCUAAGGAAGGUUGGAAGGUUCUAACCUAUCCUUUUUGAUCGUUUGUAUUGAGUAUCAGAUGGAACUUGGAAGGAGCGAGCCUUUUUCAGCUAUCAAGAAUAUUGAAUGGAAAAAAGUUGGGAUAAUCUUUGAGUAUCUCAUCAAAAGGUUAUCAGAAGAAAGGUGUCAUAUAUAACCUCGAAGAGAGGUUGAAGGUGCAAAUCCACCAUCCGAUGGGAUAACAUAACAAAAACUCAUCCAACGUUUAUAUCGAGCGUUCCGAGCUGUCAGAAAGAAGUUCAGGAUUUUUUAACUGCCAACGAUACAGCAUACAGUGCGUUAAUUUCUGUUCGAGCACAAUCGAUAUACCUAACAGAAUUACUCAUUCAGAGACAGUACAUUCUUUUCCGACUUCUGCUUCUGUGAUCUUCAAGAGCGCAACGUGAAUCGUGCGUGGGACGAUGCGACAGUAUUUAGAUAUCGUGUGAGAGAAUGCGAAUGAUCGCGGACGGAUUCACGAGGCUGCAAAGUGUAAUCGCGGUAUAUGCUUCGCUCGCAAAAAGGUGACCGCCGAUUAUACUCGCUCCAGCCUUGCUCGACAUUAUAGAAUCAUGGAGAUAAUGAAUGCCGAAGACACCGGCGAGCUGCACGCAUCGCUCCCCGCGAAGCGUCGCGACAAUCCCCUGUCGAUUUCAUGCAAUUGGCAGAUCAGCAAUAAUAAGCAAUUUGUUGACGCUGUCACUGUUGCGCCGAUUCAGUAUGCAUCUGCGAGAAUAAACUGCGAAGACGUAGCUUCUCUCGACACCUGUAUCGCUUUACAACCAACGGGUUCUAAUACCGAACCGUGUAUGCUGAACAUUAAGGUGUCAAACUGUCAGAAAGUAGCGCGCAUCGCUAUCGUUUCCGAAGGUAACGUCCUGGAAAUCUUCAAACAAUUUGGAGAAUACGAAACAACGAUACUCGCGGAAUUUGUGGACGAGUAUGAGGAAAAUGUAGUUUUCAUCGGCGAGACGACGAUACACCCUCCUACGACGGAAGUUAGCAUUAAGUUUAUUAGAACGAAAAAUAAAGGCCCGCCUAUGUGGGUGUACGGUGUAAGACUGUUUAUGACAGACUCUACAAGGGAAGCAAACCCUAGUGCCUUCGAUUAUGAUAUUAUCCGGACUUUUCUCAGCAACAUCAGCAACGAUAAAACGAGUCCCAAGUCUGAGAUGGCAAAGAGGGCAUUUGACGAUAAACAGGAAAUGAGAAAUUGUAGAGAGAGACUCUUGGAAACAUUUGCAUCGGGCUCGAAGUAUGCCGAGUGUACUAAUAAAAUUGGAAGGAGCGAUAAAGAAAAAAAGGUUCCAAACUGUGAAGAUAAUUGCAAGCAGUCAGAUGCUGCCGAGUGCAGAAAUGGAAUUGCGAGAAGAAAUAGUGAAACUGAUUAUCCAAACUGUGGAGAGAAUCACGCAAGAUCGGACGAAGAUAUUAGAACCUCCAUCGAUAAUAAAACAGAGUCUGUAAAAGAAACACAGUCUGGUAGCCUCAAUUAUAAAGAUUUUAUUCAAACAUUUCUCAGUAACGCCAGUAAUGGCAAAAUGAGUCAACAACCUGAUAUGACAAGAAUGUUUGGAUCUUACGAUAAAUUCGAUAAUAAUGAAAUGGUGAAUAACGAGCAGUUUUAUCAGAAUAUAUUGGAAAUGCUUCCUUCGGAUUACUUCAAACGCAGGAAAGAAAUUGCAAAAAGAGAUAAUGAAAAAGAGUAUCAAAGUUGCGAGACUAAUCAUGAGAAGUCGGAUUCCCUUGAAUGUAAAAAUAAAAAUAUAAGAAGAAAUAAUGAAGACUGUACGAACCAUAAAGACUACAAGAAAUCCGAUACAGAUAUCAGAAUCUAUAUCGACAAUAAAUUUCAUGAUAUGGAAAAGAGAUUGAUGGAAAGAAUAGACGAGAUGGAAGCCAGUGCCAAUCAGAAACUGAAUGCCAUUUUGGAAAGACUUGAAUCACGGCUGAAUUUACAGUAAACAUAUUUCUUAGUUACGAAUUUUUUAUAUCUAAUAAAAAGAUUUAAGUUAUUAAAUGUUAGUAAAAUUUAAAAUUAUAAAUGAGUUAUUUUAUUGUGAAUAUAUCUUCUCGUUUCUGUGUUAAUUAAUCAAAAGAUCUGGCUUAUUUUUUUUUACAAAAUAUAAAUUUCUUUUAUUAUUUUUAUGCAAUCUUUUAUUGUAUUAAAUUUGUAUUCAUGUAUCAUGUACGAUAGUGUAUUGUUUUCAAAUUUUGUAUCAAAAGCACGUACAAAAAAUUGCACAAUUUUAAAUUCAUAAUAAUAUUUAAAUACUUACAAUUCACAUAAAUUUAAUGUCUUUAAUAAUCUAAUUAGUAGUAGAAACUUGCGUUGUCUCAAAAGAGACCUUCAAUGUAUAUACAUUAUUUUAUUUAUACAAAAUUAUUUGUGUAACCAAGCUCUCUAAAAUGUGUUUAUGAAAUUACAUAAAUAAGAACAAAAA